AAGAUUAAGGUAGAGUUAUCAGUCGGAUCCAAACAUUGAUUGCUUCUUCUGUCUGAUUUAGCUCAAGAAACAAUUAAAGCAGGAGACAUUAAAUGACACGAUGGGUUGGUCUGUUCCGUCGCUCUCCUCGACAAAAUAGAGAGACAGGCAAGAAGUGAUGGUGAUGAUGCCAUCUCUCACAUCAGUAGCAGUUCCGUGGAUUGUUGGAAACAUACAAGACCCAUCGCGUCAGUCUAUCUCUCUCGAGUUCUUGAGAGAACACAGUCAUGGUGCAGAGAAUACAUGACUGUGUACCUUCACCCUUCUAGACCGAAGAUGCAGUGAAUACAUGCACGCAAACCCAUACAAGCAACACCUAAAGGCCUGCAGCCUUAAACCUGUGGUGUUAGGGUGAUGAGUGCACUGACCCGCUGAAGCUUAGAGGAAUCAGUCGACGGAGAGGGUAGACUUAUGCUGCACUUCUUUUCUCUUCAGGCGGAUGUGAUCAGUGACGGAUGAUCGUGGCAGUGUGCUUUGACAGCAGCAGCUCCUUUUCUUGCCAAGGUGGUCAAGGGAGAAUCUCCUGGUUUUUCUUCUAGUUGUGCAGUUGGAGCUUCGUCUUGGAAGGCUGAGCAGAUGUUGACUUCUUCUUGCUACCCCAUUUCUGGUGGUGGUGGUGGUAGUGGUGGUGGAAGCAAGUCACUGGAUCAUGAUUUUGACUCUUUUGAAUGUGAGAGUGAGGAGAGUGUGGAGGUGCCGGAGGAGCACACAAAGCCGGUUCCGGCACGGAGCUCCGGCUCCAAGAGGAGCAGGGCUGCAGAGGUUCAUAACAUGUCUGAAAAGAGGAGGAGGAGUAGAAUCAAUGAGAAGAUGAGGGCACUGCAAAAUCUGAUUCCCAACUCAAAUAAGACAGAUAAGGCUUCCAUGCUUGAUGAGGCUAUUGAGUAUCUCAAACAAUUACAGCUCCAAGUGCAGAUUCUUUCAAUGAAGAAUGGUCUUAAUCUCCACUCCAUGUAUUUGUCUGGAGGACUUCAGCCUUUCCGAACUUCACAGACAUGUAUAGGUUUCGGUCUGAAUGGCAACAUAGCAAUGAACAACCGAACAGGAAUGCUUCCCCUGAACCAAGAUUCACCUGUUCGGAGCUCAUUUGAUCUGUCAAAUCAGUGCACAACAAUCGAGCCCAGUCUCAUCAAUGUGACUAAUCUUGAGACUCCAUUAGUGAAUCCAUUAGAAUCUCAACGUGGAUCAGUCCAAGUUCCUGUAUCCUGUGAGGAAAUGUUAACAAGUGACUUGUCGACCCAGUUAUAUGCAGCGGAUUACACAAGGGACCUCACAGGUGGGCAAACAUCAUCUGCAAUUGGUAUCGACUACUUGGAAGAAUGCAUAUUGGGAAUAGAAGGGAGGUCACAACAAUUGCUAUCCGAUGAGGAAAAUUUCAUUCAGCACUUGCAUGGCUUGCAGACCGUAACUUUUCCAAGUUCUGAUUUGAAGGAACCAUUUCAAGAUUCCUAAAGUGCACUGAUUAGGCCAUGAUGCCAAGGAAACCAGAUACAUUGCACUGUGCCAUCUUUUGAUGAGAUUUACGGGAUGUAUUUUUGACAUUUCUUUGGCAUUGAAAUAUCUUCUAACUUGUGGAUUGUGAAAUCAGCUGCUACUAAUGUGAGAACAAAGAAUCAAUAGAAGAAUAGAUCUUUUUAGACUAAAAGUUCUUUCGGAAUCCUCCACUGCAUGUUAGUAAUGAGAUGUUUGUCCAACUUGUUUAACUACUUCUUGCAUUCUCUGUGAGAGCAGAAUCAUCUUGAUUAGAUAUCGAAUGCAACACUUGCUUAGACUUCCAUUUCUUUAGUGUCAUCAUGUCCAAAAGCAUUCAUACUCCUUGGUGUAACUGUUUCUUAAGGAAAGACUAAUUCUUCUCCUAGUAAUGCUGCUGCCAUCAAUUCAUACACUUAAGAAUCUUGUCCACCGUUCUCCAGUACAGCUUGUAUUUGACACACAAUCUUCAGCCGCAGAAGGAAUGUUUCUCUUUGAGACAUACCUAUCACUCUUCUCUCCUUCACUUGCUUGUGUUUUGCUUUCAAGUCUUUAGUUUGUAGUUGGGGUGAACAUGGAAGUGAAUGACAAUGCUGAAGGUGGAUUGGACAAGCUGGUGUACAUUGUACUCUGCACUACAUCUCACUUCAUAGCAUUGAUCCAAGCUCACAGUUUGGUUGCUUGAUAGUUAGUAUUCCACUUAUCUCUUACAAUAAUCUCCUAAAACUUCCAUACCUACAAAUACUGGUGGAUGGUGUUGGAUCUGCUUGCAAAUCUUGAAUUGAUCGAGUGAUGAGAGAAUGUUAGAUCUGCUCAAUUUAUGGAAGAAGUAAUGCUGAA